AUGGUGCUAGAUAAUCUGGAUUAUCCUCCAUUACCUGUUCGUUGGUUCCAUGCUGUGGACAUACCAUCAUGGGAUCCAUUAAAAACUCCAAAAACAAAUAAUUCAAGAACGUCCCCCCCUGUUGAGGAAAAGUCUCCUAUGAAAUGGAUUCCAUUUUCCAAACGUGAUUCAAACGCAUUAGAAACGGCUUUUAAACUUGGUAUACCUGGAAAAAAAGUUUGUUGUAAUGAAGAUUAUUUAUUUGAAGUUGAUUUAGAUAAUCGAGAAAUUAGUCCGAUUUACUGGGUCGAUGCGAUAUACCAAGUAGUAAGAGCUACAUGGUUUUAUCAAGGUGAUGGUAACAAUUAUAUUCCAUGCGAUGAAUAUUUAUCUAACCAGAUUGAAGAUGGUUACAUAGAACAUAAGGCUUGGCUUCCUGUUUCUGCUUCUGCUUCUAAUUCAAAUAAUGAAGCUAGCGGAUCUUCAAAUGAAAGAAGUUGUGAUGACUUGACCGGAAAAUUUACAAAAACUAUAUUUUCAAAAUUUACAAAAGGUGAACAUUUGGGUGGGAUACGUCUCUUAAGGGGAUAUCCUGAGAUUGAUGAAUAUGUGGAAUCAGAAGAAGAUGAUGAAAGGGUUAUUGAUCAUUUAAUUUUUUGUAUUCAUGGUAUUGGACAAAAAUUGAGCGAAAGGGAUGGUUCGGCUUCUUUUAUUAAUGAGAUAAAUAAAUUUAGACGAACUUUGAAAAAAAUAUAUGCGACAAACCCACCACCAGAAGCAAUUGUAAGAUUAGAAGAUCGCGAUAAAUAUCCAGAAUACGGCCUGCGUUAUUCUAAGAAAGGAAGUCAAUAUGGUAAUGGUAUACAAGUUAUACCAAUUCAUUGGAGGCAGGAUAUUAAGUUUGGAAUUGCAUCGGAAGAUGAACAAAUUCAACGAGACUUAAGUCUGGCCAUUAGUGAAGAAGGUCAACCUACUAUAGAUGAAAUCACCUUAGAUAGUGUUCCGAAUUUAAGAUUGUUAAUUUCUGAUGCAUUAGUAGAUGUAUUAUUAUACAUGACACCAAAAUUUAGAAAAAUGAUGUUAACUACUGUGACAAAUGAGAUGAAUCGAGUCUUUAACUUAUUUGUAGAUCGUAAUCCCAAUUUUUUAAAAAUUGGCGGCAAGAUUUCUAUUUAUGGUCAUUCUCUUGGCUCGUUAUUAGCUUUCGAUGUUUUAUGCCAUCAGCCACCAAUUGUUGGACCAUUUGGCGAAGAAUAUGAGGAAGAUUUAGCUUCUGUGUCCCUAAGUGAUAUUUCUAAUCCUUAUUAUCAUUCACAAGAUUCAAAAAUUAACGAAUCACAAGAAAGAUUUGAUCACAGUGAGAAUGUUACAAAAAAAAAGCAAAAACAACUAAAUAUAAAGUUGGAUUUCGAGGUUGAGAAUUUGUACGCAGUUGGUUCACCAAUUGGAUUAUUUCUACUGCUGAAAGGACUAAAGAUUGCAAGUAGAGAGUAUUAUGAUGCCAUUAGAAAGGUUUAUCAAUUAAAAAAUUGGUCAGAUAUUAGUUUGGGUAAUGAUGGUGAUGAUGUGCGAAAUGGUGAUGAACAGAUAAAUGAUGGUGAAAAGAUGGAAAAUAAAGGAAAUGAUGAUAAAAAGAUGGAAAAUAAAGGAAAUGAUGAUAAGAAAGAGCUUAACGAUGAACAAGAACAGAAUACGAAAAUGAUACAUAAAGAUCGUUCAAUUAGGGAUAGGGAUACAGAAAAUAUUAUGAUGUUGAUGCAAGAAUCUGUAACUUUGAUACCACUCUGUUAUCCAGCUUGUAGAAGCCUUUAUAAUGUCUUUCAUAAAGCUGAUCCAAUUGCAUUUCGAAUAGAACCUCUAGUAUCACGUCACUAUGGCACAAUCCUAAAGCCUGCUUUAAUCCCAUAUCACAAAGGUGGACUUAAAGCUGUACAAUUAGGAUUUCAAGAAUUUGGUUCAAACAUCUCGAAAACAACGACAAACAUACUUAGAUCUCUAAGCUUAUCAAAACCUCUGGAUGAAUCAGCGAACAAACGUAAGAAUAAUAAGCAAACUAGAGAGAAACAUUUUAUAGAGCGUGAAUUGCUUAAACGACAGCAAUUGAAAAAGAUAUAUUCGGAGGCAGGAUCUACUGUAAGUUUAAUAAGUGGUGGUGAUACAAGAAAUUCUAGUCGUAGCAGUUUAGUAAGUGUUAGUAGUGAUGGUCGAACUAGUAUAGAUACGGGAACAAGAAAUUCUAUUGAUGCAAGCUAUAUUAGUGAUGAGACAUCAGUUCGUAGAUAUAGUAUAGAUAGUAAUUUUGCUGUUUACGGUAAGGAAAGUCCUAGAGGGCUGUCAGUCGAAGCAAGGGAAAAAUUUUAUAUGUCUCAAGUUGAGCUAUCACCAACAACAAAUGAAAAGAAGGAACAAUUCUAUCAAGUGAAGACGCCAAGUUCACCAACAUUGAACGAAGAUGGGAAAAUAGAUCAUCAAAUUAGUGGUGAAGAAAAGUUGAAAAGUUUAAACAAAAGUGGAAGAAUCGAUUAUUGUUUACAGCAAGGGAUAUUGGACGUUGGUUACAUAUCCGCUAUAACAGAUCAUCUUAAUUACUGGACCGAUUGUGAUGCAGCUUACUUUAUUAUAAGAGAGACUUAUCAAAAUUAUAAUGAUGACGAUUAA